UAUAUGAGUGCGCGUGAUCCUUACACUGCCACAUUUCUCUUCUUAAACACUUUCAGCAUUUAAGCUAGUGAGGGGGAACUAUCAAGUUACAAAUACAGAGGUACCUACUUAACAGGAAAUGCAUUUAUCUUCCUUUCAUCGUAAAAGAAACAGAAGUUGAUCGAACGUAUUUUAUUUUGAAAGCAAACAUAAGUUGGUCUAACUUAUUGUUUAAUGUGUCACGCUUGAUGCUUGUGCAACUUCAACGCUUUAUUUUACUACGUCGUUUCCUCCCUUCGGUGUUGGGAACUGUAGAAGUACUUUAGCGACAAAGUUCUACUUGCUACAGUACGUUUCGAGGUUUAUUGUCGCCGUCGAGCCGGAUGACAUGUCCGACUAACGUUUCAGUGGGAGUCUUUUAGUCAAUAGUUUUCAAGUCCGGCCUGUGCGUGUGUUGUUCCCCAUCAGUGCAGCUGGUGGCUAACAAGACACCAAGCAGAAAUGUCACUGACAGAAUAUGAGAGACAUUUCGACUCGCUAAAUUCAGAUUUGGCCGGCGGCUCCGUGUUGAGCGAGCGAACGGGGUCGGCCACGUUUAAUGGCGAAGAGGAGAAGUUGCAUUACAUUCCCAUCCGGAUCCUCGGGAGGGGUUCGUUCGGUGAAGCGACGCUGUACAGAAGAACUGAGGACAACUCCCUGGUAGUGUGGAAGGAGGUGGAGCUGAACUCCCUGUCUGAACGUGAACGCAGAGAUGUCAUGAAUGAAAUAAGCAUCCUCUCUAUCCUGGAACACAACAACAUCAUUGCCUACUUCAAUCACUUCAUGGACAAAAACACUUUGCUCAUUGAGCUGGAAUACUGCAAUGGGGGGAAUCUGUAUGACAAAAUCGUCCAACAGAAAGGGAACCUUUUUGACCAGGAGGUCGUUAUUUGGUAUCUGUACCAGGUCUCUUCAGCUGUGGCCUACAUUCAUAAAGCUGGCGUUUUACACAGGGAUAUCAAAACGCUGAACAUUUUCUUGACCAAGACUGACCUCAUCAAACUUGGUGACUAUGGCCUGGCAAAGAAACUCUGCUCUGAGUUUUCAAUGGCAGAGACGUGCGUUGGAACUCCAUAUUACAUGUCACCUGAGCUGUGCCAGGGAGCGAAGUACAACUUCAAAUCAGACAUCUGGGCCAUGGGCUGCGUGAUUUAUGAAGUUUUAACCCUUACAAGAACGUUUGAUGCAACGAAUCCUUUGAAUCUGUGUGUAAAAAUAGUCCAGGGAAACUGGACUAAGGAUGUGAACCCUGCCGUUUAUUCCCCUGAGUUGAUCAAGCUGGUCUAUGAGUGUCUUGAUCCAGAUCCAACAAAGAGGCCAACGGCAGACCAGAUUCUUGACCAGCCAGUCAUCUCCUCAUGCCGACAGGAGCUUAAAGAACGAGUUGCUUUGCUGAAUUCAGUAAUGAAGAAACCAAAGUUUGGUACGGCGACGGAGACUCCUGUUGCUGUAGUAACCACACGCUCGAGGGAGGUGUAUUUCUGGGGCGGUGGCAAGUUCACGCCCCAGAAACUGGACACCUUUAAAGGGGGCAGCAGUGCCCAACACGUCUGUGCCGGAGAGUGUCACUUUGCGGUGGUGACGGUAGAGAAAGAGCUCUACACUUGGGCUAAUGUUCAAGGCGGAGCUAAGAUGGUGGGCCAACUCGGGCAUGGUGACCAGGCUUCCUACCGACAGCCCAAGAGGGUAGAAAAGCUGCAGGGCAAAGCCAUCAGACAGGUGACGUGUGGCACCGACUUCACUGCCUGUGUCACUGAUGAGGACCAAAUGUACAUGUUUGGUUCAGACUAUUAUGGCUGUAUUGGAGUGGAGGGCGUAAUGGGCAUGGAAAUCUUGGAGCCAGUGCUUCUGGAGUUUUUUGAGGAACGGCCCGUCCGUCAAGUUUCUUGUGGAGACAACCAUGUUGUAGUGUUGACCCACAGCGGCGACAUCUUCUCAUGGGGCUGCGGCGAGUACGGGCGUCUGGGUUUGGAAUGUGAAGACGAUUUUUCUUCUCCAAUGCAAGUGGACCUGCCCAAGGGCGCUGUCAUCUCUUCUGUGUCAUGCAGCAGUGACGGAACCUUCUAUUUGACAGACACUGGCAAAGUCCUGGCUUGUGGAAACAAUGAAUUCAACAAGCUGGGUCUGAACCAGGAAUUUUCGGGUCUCAAAAACCACACUGGAGAGGGUUAUCAGGGAAUCCCAUACAUCACCACACUGACGUUGGCGAAGCAGCUGUCACGUUUCAAGAUUCAGACCAUAGCGCCAGGGAAGUCCCACACCGCUGCGAUUGACGAACGUGGUCGCCUCAUCACUUUUGGCUGCAACAAAUACGGUCAGCUUGGUGUUAAAGAUUUCAAGAAACACCAAGGUGUACAACUCCUGGUCGGUCCUUUUGGGGGGAAGAUAGUCACUAAAGUGUCUUGUGGGGAUGGCUUCACCAUCGCAGCCACUGAGGACAAUCAGAUCUUUGCAUGGGGAAAUGCAGGAAAUGGACGACUUGGAAUGCCCGCUGAUAAAGGAUUUGGUUCGGAGGUUUGUCCUGCUAUGCCAAGGCCAAUCUUUGGAUCUCUCCACCACGUACCAGAUCUUUCUUGUCGUGGGUGGCACACCAUCAUCAUCAUGGAGAAAGUGCUUAACUCCAAGACCAUUCGCUCUAACAGCAGUGGACUCUCAGUUGGUAGUGGGAUGGAACAGGACAGUUCCAUGUCUAGUGGGUAUCUGGAAAUAAAUCCGGGUUCAGAGACGGAGUGUCUUGACAGAGGCCUUGGUGGUACAGCGGAGGUUGAUCCGGAAGCUUGCAACUUGGAGACACCAAUGAUGUCCAUGGCAAAUCAGACUGGAGACAGUUCAUGUCCUCUGUGGCUAAGAAAGGAGCUGGAGGACGCGGAGUUCAUCCCAAUGCCGGAGGGGUCCGAGUGUCCUCCCGAUCUCCUCCCAUCUUUUUCAGAGAGCACCACUCAACCGUACGAAAACCUGAAGGAGCUAAAGGCUGUGGCAGCGGCUGUCAGCAGUCAACAUGACUUAUCGACUACACGAACUAGUGAUGAUAAUCUAAGCGGACUGGAGGUGGCAGAGCUGUACAAAAAAGAAGCAUCGAUCACAUGCUGCAGUGCAAUGGCAGAGGUCGCACAGCUGCGAAUGAUGGUCACUCAGCAAGAGGUGAGGAUCCAGAUGCUGGAGAAGCAGGUCAGUGGCCAGCAAAUGGAGCACGAGAGGUUGUUGGCGGCAUUUAACCAGCUGAUGGAAGCAAGAGGCGACAGUAAUGGCAACCAUUGAGCCGGUCAUAAGUCUGAGGAUGGAGGAGGAAGAGGGAGUGGAUUCACACUGCAUGGGGAAAGAUCUGCGGGGGGCAUUAUUUGAGGCUGUAAGUUGUGUAGUUGAACUGGCUUGUUAGGGGAGAAUUGACUUGCGGUUGAGGUGGCUGCCUCACACAAAACAACCUACAGUAUUUAUUUACCAGAGCACCAGGUUGCAUCAUAAUGUUUUGUCAAUGCACACUGGUUGUUUGCCGGUUUUCUACAGACUGAAAUGUUGGCUGGUUUCAACAUGAGGCGUUACACACAGUCAAACAAUCUUAGUGUUAUUCCGCAAUGUGAAUAUGAAGUCCUUGUUUUAGUGAUGUCAUGGCGAUGUCAUCAUGAGGCACUGUCUUUUAUUUUGAAUCAGGUCUAACCUUUUUUUUUCAGCGGGAAUUUGUGGCCUUCAAACCGAGGUUUGUGUUUGAGCAAGAUUACCCAAUAACAAGUUAACCAAUGUUAAUAAACUUUGUUUGCAUAUACAGAAUAGAUACCUGAUAUUGGCUAGGUCUGCACUCUUUGAGUGCUUGAAGUUAUAUAUGAAAAUAGCGGUAAUUCUUCAAUAGUUUCCAGAGUACAUAAUUUAUUUUGUAAACUUGUCAGAGUCUCAUUACAGUAUAUGAAUGUGUUGUGAAUACGUUCACCCUUUUAAUGAGUUAAUGGUUUCCGAGCCUAAUUCACUGUUCUCAUAAAUGUGUGAUAUUUUAAACUUGUAAUGCAAAUAUAUGCUUUUAAAAUGUG